UCUGCGCCACCUACCCGCCGAUCAAUGAAAUACGAGACAGCAGCUUCAUCCCGUCACUAACCACCAAACUACGAGACUACGUCAGCGCGGUUCGCACACGGCACCACACCACAACGACGCUUCACCUGACCCCUGCCGCUACGGAGGAACCAACACGACUACAGUGCGACUUCAAACGUCAAAACAUCGCGACUUCGAAGAGCGUCGAGGGAGGUGUAGUACUGCUGUCAUGGGUGACACGAAAACUGUUUGGGUUAAAAAAGAAGAAAUUGAUGAGUUUCCUGAAGAUCCAUUAAAAUUUGAGAAGCUUGACUUCAAUAUGAAUGAAGGUCCAGAACCUAAUUUUCAUCUGGAUGCCUCUGAACACAAUCAUGUUGAAGUUCCAUUUGUACUACCAGUACCCACUCAUAUAAAGGAGGAUCCGGAGCUAAAUUUGGAAGCAGAAGAAACUGAGAAUAUUGAGGUAGCUCCAAGAAGAUGUGCACCAGACAGUACAUGGUCGAUUAACCCCAUCGGUUUCCCUGGAGCCAAGUUACUGAAAGAAACAAGUCUGCAAGGAUUGACUAGUGAUAAACUUGAAAUUGCUGCAGUGAAAUUGCCACAUUUUGUCAGAAUUGGUACUCAAACAGAAAUACAAGUACCUGUGCAGGCAUCUACACAGUGUGGUGUGAUAUUUCUCAUUCAUAAUAGCUUCAUACAGCCAGUAAUUAGUCGAGAGGAAUAUCAAUGUAGCAAAGUCUCAAAUUACUCUCGUAGCCUCCCACCCUGUGAAGUAAUGCGUGCUGAUGAAAACUCACACACAUUCGAUAUUUCUAAGAAAUCUCUUACUACAUGUGAUAAUUCCCAAAAUUCUAAAAUUAGGAAUAAAUCACUUGCUCAGUCAGGUUGUUUGUAUAAACUCUCUACAGAACAUAUGAGUGAGAUAUCACUCACUUCUGUUAUUUGUGGGAAACACUUUGCUAAGCCUCGUCAUCUGAAAAGGCAGUUGUUAAUACAUACUAAUGAAUGUGAUGUUUGUGGGAAAUCUUUUUCGGACUCUAGUCAUCUAAAGAGACACAUGUUACACCAUAGUGGCAAGAAACCACACAAAUGUGAAGUUUGUCAGAAAACCUUUAGUCUGUAUUGUAAUCUCAAGAGGCAUGUUUUAUUACAUACGGGCGAACGACCAUAUAAAUGCAGUGUUUGUGGGAGAUCAUUUAUUGACUCUGGCAAUCUUUAUAAGCAUUCCGUAAUACAUACAGGCGCGGGGAAACACAAAUGUAAUGUUUGUGGUAAGAGCUUCCUGUACGCCAGUUUUCUCAAGAAGCAUAUAUUAACACACACUGGCGAAAAACCGCACAUCUGUAAUAUUUGCGGGAAAUCUUUUAUCGAAUCUUGCAAUCUCAAAGCCCAUUUAUUAAUUCAUUCUGCCGAGAGGCCACACACAUGUGAUGUAUGUGGGAAAUCCUUUACGGUGUUUAGGCGUCUGAAGUUGCACAAAUUUAUACAUACUGGGUUGAGACCGUACAGAUGUGAAGAUUGUGGUAGUUCGUUUACUCACCGUAGUUGUCUUAAAACGCACAUCUUAAUUCAUACUGGGGAGAAACCAUACAAAUGUAUGAUUUGUGGAAAAUCGUUUACUACGUCUGGUAUUCUCAAAACACACUCAUUGAUUCAUAGUGGUGAGAGACCGCAUAAAUGUAAUGUUUGUGAGAAAGCCUUUACUACUGCUGGUAAUCUCAGAAAGCAUUCAUUGAUUCAUAGUGGUGAGCGACCUCACAAAUGUGAUAGUUGUGGGAAAUCCUUCACAGAAGCUGGUCAUCUGAAGAGACAUGUUGCAACACAUACUGACUAGAAAUAAUGUUCACGUACUGUUGGUUGGUAAGUUCUACUUCAAUCUGCCAAUUUCAUGUAGAAUACAAUAACAACUACUAGUGAGAGACCAGACAGCAGCUAAGCAUGGUGAAAAGGGGUCUCAGAAAUAAUAGUGGUUUUAAUGGCAGAUUGCAUUCUGAUAUCAGAUAGUCUAGAGAAAAGUACUCAUUUUAAGAACUGAAAUGUAGUAUUCAAUGCAGGGCCUGUAUUGAGACCUGUAAUUUAUAUGACAGUGCAGUUGUAAUUAGGCCAGGAGUUAUUUUAAAUACGUUUUGUUAAUAGUUUUGUGAUUUGUAAUUUCUAAAUGAUGAUUGCAUUAAUGUAUAUAAUCUUAAACAGAGAGAUCCAGGUGCUGUUCAUAAAGAUAUGUCUCAUGUUAGUCAUAAAUAUUAUUGUAUCCAAACUUUUAGGAACAUGAAUUAAAGUUUUUAUUUGCCUGUA